AUGAAUCUCCACGUGCCCCAGACCGAAGAAGCGCGAACCGAAGCAAUCGAAUUAAUGGGCGUCAAGAACAACCUUUGCACGCCUAGAAACGGCGAACCUAUUAUUGCAGCUAUCCAGGAUUUCAUCACAGCAUCAUACCUCCUCAGCAGUAAGGAUAGGUUCUACAACAGGAAGGCCUUUGCCAAUAUUUGUAUGUAUAUGGUUGACGGGAAUAUGCAAAUUGACUUACCCCUACCCGCCAUUUUAAAACCCCAGAGACUCUGGACUGGAAAACAGAUAUUUAACGCCGUUCCCGCAAAAGCCCCAGAUAUGUGUCCCAAUGAUGGUUGGCUGGUCAUCCGUGGAUCGGAAAUCAUGUGCGGACUCAUGGAUAAAUCAACUGUCGGUUCAGGGAAAAAGGACUCAGUGUUCUACGUAAUACUAAGAGAUUACGGACCAGAUGAGGCUGUCCAAGCCAUGAACCGACUUGCGAAACUAUGCGCAAGAUGGUUGGCAAAUCAAGGCUUCUCAAUCGGCAUAAACGACGUUCUUCCCGGUGCUAAUCUAAGGGGAGAGAAGGACAAGCUGGUAGAACAAGCUUAUAAUGAGUGCGACGCACUAAUCUUGGAAUUCAAGGAAGGGAAAUUAGAGAAGCAGGCAGGCUGUGACGAGGAAGUCACACUAGAAAAUAAAGUACAGGGUAUUCUGAGCAACGUCCGUGACAAGGUGGGAGAUAUUUGUAUGAGAGAGUUGAGCAAGAAUAACUCCCCGUUAAUUAUGGCGAACUCUGGGUCGAAAGGUUCCAAGAUUAACGUCUCACAAAUGGUUGCUUGUGUUGGGCAGCAAGUCAUCAGUGGAAAGCGUGUCCCGGAUGGGUUUCAAGAUCGUUCACUUCCUCAUUUCCCUAAGAAUUCAAAGCAACCCCCGUCAAAAGGUUUCGUCAGAAACAGCUUCUACUCCGGGUUAAGCCCCACAGAAUUUCUCUUCCACGCUAUAUCUGGUCGUGAAGGACUAGUUGAUACUGCAGUCAAGACCGCCGAGACUGGGUAUAUGUCGCGCCGCCUAAUGAAAUCCUUGGAGGACUUGUCCGCCUCUUACGAUUACACUGUCCGAACAUCGUCAUCUGGCGUCGUUCAGUUCCAGUAUGGGGGCGACAAUUUGGAUCCUGUCGCUAUGGAGGGAAACGCACAGCCAGUUAACUUCAACAGAACCUUUUACCACUGCGAGAAUAUCACUUUCAGCAACGCCGACAAGGGUCUUCUCCCAUACGAGGUGGUAUCACUCUGCGAUAAAAAUAGAUCUACUCGGAAAUGCAAUCCCAGACAAAGACCUAACAGACAGAGCCCUUGA